AUGGAUGACACCCAGGACAUAGUGCCCGGGUUUCGUCUCGGCACGCCACAGCCUCGUUCGCGAGCACUGGACUUGCUACUUUUGGAGGCCCGCCGUAUGCUUGGUUCGGAAGGGAUGCCAAAGCGCCUGUCACCGACAACCCGGAAGAACGCCGGCCGCAAGAACGCCAACCGCCACGCACGUGGCAACCGCCAUCGGCGAGAGGCCGCCAACACCACUGCGGCCGCAGCAUCUCUCGCCGAGAUGGAAAGCGACAGCAAUGCCUCAGUGCCUACGUCUGAUCGCUCGUCUUCUGCAUCAUUGCCUGCCUCACCGCUGACUCGCGUCGACAACGAAACUACGACCGCGGCCGCGACGGAAAGCAGCCCACCGCCAUCUCUCGAAGCUCCGCAACAUGGCGAACAACAAGCGAACGACCCCCGCCGGCGCCAUGACAGCCACCCGGUGUCACCUUCCCUAGCCCUCCACGUGGCAGCGGUUGCCGAGCAUUCGCAGAACGGGCCAGCUCCCCAAGCAAGCGCCGACAAGUCGAACGGGGAACAACAAAAGCCCCCACUGGCCGAGCCACCCACUCGUCCGUGCCCGACAGAGCGAGAAAGAGAGGGUCAGUCUCCCUCUCCAAUGACUCACGCCGGGGCCGCACCUGCGACAAGCUCUCAAGGUAUGAGCAACGACGGCGCCGGAGUGAAAAAGGCAAUGGGGGAAAAAGGCAUGCACUCCUCAACCGACCCAGCUAGCUCGGCGCACCCGCGCCCCAGCUGUGUUCUCGGGCCGCUCCAGCCGCUCGCUCCGCAAAGCAGCCAGCAGCAACAGGCCCACACCGAGCCAAAACGUCGCCCAGCACUCAUUUCCGCCUCGGAUUCAACCGAGCACGCUAAUCAACACAGCGCUAAUCCCCCCAUCACUACCCAAGAGGGCCGGGAAAAGGAGGCCGCGCUACAGGCCUCUCGAGAUGAUCCCACAUACACCCUCGGUCGACGGCCCAGCUCCAGGAGCACGCGCUGA